UGUGCGUGCAUUUUAUUCCAGCUGCCUUGACCGCGUUAAACCGUCGCUCUUUUUGACCAUUGGCUUUGAUCAGAUAAGAGGUUCAAGCAGACACAUUCUUUUGCACAGUAGGUAUAACUGAAGCUACAUUUUGAAUGAUGGAUUGUUCAGAGGAGGUUCAGUCUAUGUCUGAGGAUCCCACAGCUCAAAUGGAACUAAAAAGGGGAAUGUCGAUUUUCAUAGAUAUUUUACGGAGAGCUGAUAAAAACGAUGAUGGAAAGCUGUCCUUUGAUGAAUUCAAAGCCUAUUUCUCUGAUGGAGUCUUGACAGCUGACGAGUUAAAGGAGCUCUUCCACACAAUUGACACUCAUAACACAGACAAUGUGGACACUGAUGAACUCUGUGGUAAGUUAAUUCUUCACCCAAAUAAGAAUGGUCUGCCCAGCACCGAGGAAGAGGAGAAGGGGUCGCGCGGCCGAGAAGAGAUCAGGAAGAAGGCCAGACAACGGAAAAGCGAGGGAGACAGAACCACACGAAAGGACAAACAGACGGUGCAACAGAACGAGCGCAAAGCGACGAGCGGGAAGACAGGAAGAGCGGAAUAUCAGGAGUCCACCCACCUGGAGCAAUUUGUGACCCGAUUCUUGCUGAAAGAAACGACCAAUCAGCUUUAUUCACUUCAAUGCUCUCUCGAGUGCGCCAUGGAAACCACAGCCGAGCAGACUCGCCAGGAGAAACAGGGCCCGCUGAAGCCAGAGGUUCUGUCCAUCCAGUGGUCAGGUCGUCGCUCCAAUCGGAGGCUUCAGAGAAACAGCAGCCUCUCUCCCAACAACCCUCUCCUCAGUCUCGUCAAUGCAGGUGUUUAUGAGGAAGACAGCCAGUGGAUGAUCCAGGUCAACAGACUGCAGAGGCUUAUCGACCGUCUAGAAAAAAAGGAGAUUCGUCUGGAGCCCGUUGAAGAGGAGGUCUUGGAGAGCAAAUCGCACAUCCUGAUAGUCCAGAGGCAGCUGCCGGUGCUGGAGGACGAGCUGGAGGAGUUUCGUUUGGCUCUCAGACAGUACAUGGAGUGUGCCUGCGCCCAGACUGGAUGUCUACACAUUGCAGUUCAGCGGCUGGCGAAUGAAUCACGCUUCAUUCUCUAUGAAUUCUGGGAGCACAACAAUGUGUGGAAGAAUCACCUGCAGACCAACUACAGUAAGACCUUCCAGAGGGGGAACGUGGACUUCCUGGAAACUCCUGAGAGCAUCACCACCAUGCUGGUUCCUGCCUCAUGGUGGGUCCUCAACAACAACAACUGAAAGUGUUGACGAGCACCCUUCACAGAUCGCCAAUGAUGGGUGCAGAGAGCAAUCUGUCAACACAUCAGGAAGUCCACAGCACACACACACUCUUGAAGUCAUGGUGAUUAGUAUUUAUGACCUCCAUGUUCCUUCAUAGUUAUAGGUGGUAGUAUGAAAUAGUCCACGUGUUUGUUUACAUUCCUAGACGACGCUCUGACGUCAUAAAAGCAAUGACCUCUUCAAACUGAGACCCAUCUGAUGAUCUGACAUCAUCACUGUGUUUGACGUGACAUCAUCUGCAACCCAGGGUAGAUCAUGAGAGCUGUGUGUGUGUGUGUGUGUGUGUGUGUGUGUGUGUGUGUGUGUCUGUGUGCAUGCGUGCGUGCGUGCAUGCAUGCGUGCGUGUGUGUGAGGGAGAGAGAGAGGGAAUGACAGACAUAAUUGUAUCAAUUGUAGCAGCUCUGGGGAGCUAAUUAAACCAUUAUUCUGUUGUUGUAUUCAAUGUGUGAAAUAAGAUAAAAAUCUGUUCAUCACAAAUAAAGAUGAUAUAUUGUUGUGUAA